UGCGCGCAUUGAUAAUUUUUGUGCUGUGGCUGUGGUGAAUGAGAUUGAAGAAGAGUUCUUGUUUUGUAUCUCAGUUUCUCUCUUUUUUACACAAAUUGAAUUUAAACAAAUUAAAAAAUAAAACAGUCAAACUGGACGUUAUUCAAUGUAGGCUUAUGAAAUAGUUAGGGUAGUAAGUGUAUCGGGGAUCCUGUACCGAUUUGGGGUGUUUGAAAAUAUUUAUUUAAAUAAUUUGUGAGGAGAGAAGGACUACUGCUCAAGUGAGUAGAGAGGAGGGGAGCUGGAGAGAGGCGCUCAGAUCCGUGGCCAGGUGGCUGUCAGUAUUCUCGGACUCCCAGGCCAGCUGAGCGGAUCAAUGAUGGAAUUACAAACAUUACAGGAGGCGCUGAAAGUGGAAAUACAAGUUCACCAGAAACUGGUUGCUCAAAUGAAACAAGAUCCUCAGAAUGCGGAUUUGAAGAAACAGCUCCACGAACUACAGGCCAAGAUUACAGCGCUGAGUGAGAAACAGAAAAAGGUGGUUGAGCAGUUGAGGAAGGAUCUGAUGGUGAAGCAGGAGCCUGAGCUGAAGUUACAGCUGCAAACGCAGACGGCUGACACCAAGCACCUGCUCCAGCUACCCACGGCACCGACACAGCAGCCCACUCCCCCCCAGCAGGUACCCUACCGGACCACACACACAGAACACAGACAGACACGGAACACAGGCUUACAUCAGAAGACAUUGACAGUCACGCCCGUGCUCACCGCUAAGACGCUACCUCUCGUGCUGAAAGCUGCCACCACAAUUCCUGCUUCUGCCGGGCAGUGUCCCACCGUCGCCAUGGUCACUGCCAUCAGCAACUUGGCCAAGCCUGUGGUCAACUCGGACUCCCAGGCCACACCCAUCAACUUGCAGGUGGCCAGCAAACUGGCCAAUCAGGGCUCAGAACCUGUCCGCAUCAUCUCCAAGAACGCCAUUGUGGUGCAGGCCGCCACCACCACCUCGGCCCAGCCAAUCAAAGUUCCUCAGUUUGUUCCUCCUGCUAGAGCAACGCCCCGGCCUGCCUACCUGCCACAGGUGCGGCCGAAACCCCCGGUGCCCAACAACGUGCCCAUCGCCCCCGCCCCUGCUUCAGCUCCUCCGCCACCCAUGGUGGCCGCUCCCCCCCAGCUGCUACAGCGGCCAAUCAUGCUAGCCACCAAGCUCAGCCCCACCUCCCUGUCCCAGACCACGCCCAUCCACCAGGUGCGCAUAGUCAACGGCCAGCCCUGCGCCACGCUCUCCAAGAAUGCGUCGACUGGACAGGUGACCGGCAUCGUCAUCAGUGCAGCUGCGCCCACGCUUCAGAUCAGUAGCCUACCCACAGACGCUAAGACUGUUAAAUCACAGGGGGGAGCAGAGCAUGUGCGGAUGAAGACGACCCCCUCCUCCACACCCCCUCUUGCACCCGUGGCCAAACCCAGAUACGAGGACAACCCUCAGAAACUUGCCUUCAUGGUGUCUCUCGGCCUCGUGACGCAUGACCACCUGGAAGAGAUCCAGAGCAGGAGGCAGGAACGCAAGAGGAGAACGACUGCCAAUCCUGUCUACAGCGGAGCAGUGUUUGAGCCAGAGAGGAAAAAGAGUGCGGUCACCUACCUGAACACUCCUCUCCAUCAGGGAACCAGAAAGCGAGGUCGCCCUCCCAAAUACAGCAGCGUCCCGGACCCGAGCGCCCACCCCCCGUGCUCACCCUCUGGCUGCCACCCCGCCUCCCUUGCCCCCGAGCGGCUCGACGCGGGGGGGCUCCCCUUCCCUGCCCACCCCCACACCCUCCCUCUGCCCACUCCCAGCUCCGGGGAUGGAGACAUCCAUGAGGACUUCUGUGCCGUGUGCAGACGCAGCGGCCAGUUGCUCAUGUGCGACACCUGCUCCCGCGUCUACCACCUGCCCUGCCUGGACCCGCCUCUCAAAAACAUUCCCAAGGGCAUGUGGAUCUGCCCCAAAUGCCAAGACCAGAUCCUCAAAAAAGAAGACGCCAUCCCCUGGCCCGGGACUCUGGCUAUUGUCCAUUCCUAUAUUGCCUACAAAGAAGCUAAAGAGGAGGAGAAACAGAAACUAUUGAAGUGGAGCGCUGAGCUGAAGCUAGAGAGGGAGCAGCUGGAGCAGAGGGUCAAACAGCUCACCAACUCCGUCACGAAAUGCAUGGAGACCAAGAACACCAUCCUGGCUCGUCAGAAGGAGAUGCAGUCCUCGCUGGAGAAGGUGAAGCACCUCAUCAGCCUCAUCCAGAGCUUUGAGCGCAAGCAAACUCUAGAGCCUGAGGCCUCCCAACCAGUCACGGAGGAAUCCUCAAAGAUAGUCCCCGAGGUCAACAUGGAGGUCACCUCAGAGGUCAAUGAGGAGGUCACCUCAGAAAUCAACAAGGAGAUCACCUCAGAAAUCAACAAGGAGAUCACCUCAGAAAUCAACAAGGACGUCCCCUCAGAGGUCAACAUGGCGGUCCCCUCAGAGGUCAACAUGGCGGUCCCCUCAGAGGUCAACAUGGAGGUCCCCUCAGAGGUCAACCUGGAGGUCCCCUCAGAGGUCAACAUGGAGGUCACCUCAGAGGUCAACAUGGAGGUCACCUCAGAGGUCAGUGCUGAGGCCACAGCGGGCGGGGCGGCUGAGCCAGCGUCCAGGGUGGAGCCCAGUUCUGAGGUGGAACCUGAUUCUAAAAUGGAACCUGUUUCUGAUGUGGGGUCCAGUGCUGAGGUGGAACCUGCAUCUGGGAUAGCGGUCGGUUCUGAGGCGGAUCUUAGCUUAAAAGAAGAGCCAAGUUCUGAGGCAGAAGCCAGGUCAGACGUGAUGGCCGGUUCUGAGGUGCCAGUUGGUUCUGCGUCUGGGCUUGGGGGCUGUACUGAGGCUCUGGCCACCGGCAGACCAGCGGAGCCCAUGGAUGUCUCAGCCAAUGGAGACACAGACUCUCACACUGAGAGCACAGUGAACAGCUGCCCCAACGCUGUCCAGCCUGAGGCGUCUGCCGCCCUGCUGCCCAGCAACGGCACUGAGGACGUGGGGGGGCAGGGGGAAGCUGCGGAGGAAGCCGACCAGGACCGGGAGCAGGACAGGUCCAGUAACGGCAAAACCUCGGAAGGCUCCAAGGAGCAGAACAGCGCCAGUAACAGCAAAACCUCCGAAGGCUCCCAGGAGCCUGUCCAGCUCCCUCCUCACAUUCAAGCAGAGUCCCCCAAAUAACACGCGCCUACUUCACCAUCGCGUCACAAAGAACUCCACUGCACCCAGGACUGGUGCGCUAUGUUGCCAAUCUCUCUCUAUAUAUAAAUAUAAAUAUAUAUAUGAAUAUAUGAACACUGUUUUUAUUUUGUUUUUGGUUGGACUGUAUUGUAAAGCUGUCAGCAGCACAUCCCAGAGUGGUUUUUGGAUGUAGUAUCUCACUUGGGUGAGUGAGGUUCCACAUGAGACUGUCAUGCCAACCUCUGCCCAGAGGGGGGGUGCUGAGUGGACCAGUCUGGAGUAUCCCACCAGCGUGUGCCUGCAGCAGUUUGCCCUGAAACCAGGGAUUGGCCUAUAAGUUAGUGGAGUUAAUCCUUCAGUCACUCCUGAAGUCUUCAGAGACUGGCUGGUAGGUUAGUAACCUUAACCAAUCAGCCACUCCUAAAGUCUUCGGGGACUGGCUGGCAGGUUAGUCUUCUACUCUUACGGUGGAACCCUACCCCAGACCACCCAAAGACUGCCCGCCUGCUGCCCGUCUGCUGCCCGUCGCUCCGUGUUUCCCAAACCAAAAUAUCUCUGUCCACAGACAGGAAGGCGUCAGUAUUCAGUGUCCAGGCGGCAGGCAGAUCGACCGCCGGGGUCCGGAACAGCACUCCGACAGAGCGAGCCCGUCCUCUCAACACCUCAGGUGGGCAACAGGAGAAAUGAAACAAGGAGGAGAAAUGGAGGGCAAGCAGGGAGGAGGAGGUUUUUCCACCGCUGAGAAGAGAACAGCAAGAUGGGGCAACACAUGGGAGACCUCGGAGGAUACAUGGUAGCUUAGUUUUUAAAAAAAAAAUUGAAAAAAGGAAAACAAACAAUAUGGUGUUGGUCCUGUGUAGUGAAAAACGUUUUGUGUGUGAGUUGGUGUGUCAGUCCUGAGCGGUAAAUGUGAACAGUUGCAAGCUUUGCAAUGUCAAUCUGUCACAAUAUGACACCUUGUCCAUUUCUGGGGAGUAUUUCUUUUUUUACAUAGAGGUGGAAAAAUAUGCAGGUCUUCCUAGUCUUCAGAGAUACAAGUGCUUUUUUUUCUGUCAUUCAUUUUUAAAAGGUGUUGACUGGUGUAGUUUAUGCAGGCUGGUCUAGUGGAGGCCUCUUGAUCAGGCUUCUGAAGAAAGCUUCUGCUGGUUUCUGAACUGCCAAAUAUUUUUGUAUCCAAGUGUAAAAAGGACAUGUUCUUUUUCUAAGGACCAGGUCAGUCCAUAGUUCCCAUUGAAAUGAGCAUGAAUGUUGCACUGUCAUUGCUAACAACAAAUGUGCUUUCCAAGUUUCUGUCCUUGUUUGAUGCAGAUUUUGAUGGUAGAAGUAGAGGUGCAGAUAUUGCAACUGAAACUAAAGCACAAGCUUGUCAGAAAAAAAGAUUUGGUAAGAGAGAGAUCACACACACAGACUUUGAACAUUUUCUUUUUAUGGAUUUGGCUUCAAGUGUGUAUUUGUUUGUUUGAGUAGACCUGUUUGUCGUUUUUGCAACUUGUUCUGUGCUUGCCAAGAAUUCCUCCAUGUCCUUAAAGCAGAGAGAAGAGGCCUUGUCCUGACGUUUGUGCACCGUGCAGAGACAACCCCUUAUGUUAGUUCACCGUGCAGAGACAACUCCUUAUGUUAGUUCACCAUGCAGAGAAUACUUCUGACGUUCGUCCUGAUGUUAGUUCACCAUGCAGAGAAUACUUCUGACGUUCGUCCUGAUGUUAGUUCACUGUGCAGAGAAUACUUCUGACGUUCGUCCUGAUGUUAGUUCACCAUGCAGAGAAUACUCCCGACGUCAGGAGCACUCUCCGCACAUGAGACUAACAUCAAUCAUUUCUUAAUGUUAGUCCUGUCCUGAUGUUAGGCUGUUCCUGAUGUUAGCCCAUUCCUGAUAUCAGACUGAUGAUCGUCCGUUCCCGUUCUCCUGAUUCUACUUCUGACAUUAGUCCUGACGUUGGGCCACUCUAGACGUUUGGCCUGACGUCAGUCCUAAUUUUUGUCUGGUCCUGAUGCUAGUCCUGACAUUAGUCUGCCCCUGACGUUGGGCCACUCCUGGCGUUGUUCUUAUUCCUGACGCUAGUCUGCUCCAGACGUUAAUCCUGACGUUAGUCUGCUCCUGCAGAGAACAUUACUGUUCUUAACGUUCCACUGCUGAGUUUCUGACGUUCUAGCUGAUCUCUCUGAAGACGACGCCCCCGUGUAAUGAUAUCAAUAAUAUUAAUGAAUAAUUAGUGAUAGACCGAUAAAUAUCAGAUUCCAUGAGGAUGUGGCCCCCGGUUUGGAUUAGCUGUUCCAUUCAUUGCUCGACUGGGAAAUCUUAAAAGAAUAUUCCCUAUGAAUUCCCUCCAAUCUUAAACUCUAUAACAAAUAUCCUUAUCUAACUGUGCCAGAACUAGGUUCUAUUAUUUUUGCCCAUCUCUAUUGUCAGCAUCCUGAUUUGACAACUUUUUUUUUAACAAUUUUUGUUAAGUCACUACAAGCCUGGUGGUGUGUAUCAUGUUUACAUUAAUCCAUGACCAAUUAACAUAUCUAAAAAAAAAAAAAAAAAAAUGCUUUU